AUGGCGUUUCCUGACUGGUCGCUGCUUCUUGUUGGUGUGGCUUCAAUUUGUGGGGUUUUCUGCUGGUGCCUUCGUUGUCGGGGAAUCAGAAAGAACUUGUGGAAUAAGGGUUUAUUCGUUAAAAUUAUGGCACGGACUGAAAAACCACUUUUUCGAAUUGCGUACACACUGUACACACGGACCAAACUGGGUUACAUGUUUUACAAGAGGCAAGUCAAAAAAGCUCGCCAGCGAUUCCCCACCGGCCAUUCAAGCACACAGCCCAUGGAGAUCAACGGUGUUAAGAUAAUACCGAUUCCAGUGCUGUCAGACAACUACAGCUACCUUGUGAUUGAUACAGCAUCACGCCAGGCAGUGGUUGUUGACCCUGCUGACCCACAAAUGGUGGAGGCAUUCCUGAAGGAAGAAGAGGUGUCAUUGGAAGCAAUCCUCUGUACUCACAAACACUGGGACCAUAGUGGGGGAAAUGAAGGCCUCCGCAAGCUCCAUAGUCCCUGUCAAGUAUAUGGAAGCGCCAUCGACAACGUUCCAGGCCUUACACACCCUCUCUUAGACAAAGACUGCGUAGAUGUGGGGCAGCUGCACUUCAAGGCGUUCUUCACCCCUGGGCACACUGUGGGGCACAUGAUCUACCUUCUGGAUGGGCGGACUUUCGGGGGGCCCUGCAGCCUCUUUUCAGGGGACCUUGUGUUCCUGUCUGGGUGUGGAAGAAUGUUUGAAGGCAGCGCCUCAGUGAUGCUGUCGUCACUGGACACGGUCGGCUGCCUGAGCGACGACACUCUGCUGUGGCCUGGUCACGAGUAUGCUGAAGAUAACCUGAUGUUUGCCGCUGAGGUGGAGCCCAACAACACCGUCAGAGAGAACAAAUUUCAGUGGGUCCUGCAACAGAGGGCCCAGAAACUGUGCACAAGCCCCUCCACAAUCAAGGAGGAGAAGGAGUACAACCCGUUCCUGCGCAGCCACUCUCCCGAGCUCCACCGGGCCCUGGGCCUCCAGCAGGACCCCAGUGAAGACUGGACGCUCUUCCGGGCCCGCGUCCUGGGCGAGCUACGCCGAAGGAAGGACGUCUACAAGGGCAGAUAGAGAUCUGGUCCCGCCCAACAGCCCAGUGUGGCAACGGAUGAUCACCGCUUCCAACUAGACACAAAGGAUGUUUCUGGCCUGCUGUAGAUAGCCAGACUGUUUCCAGGGCGUGGCUACGCUAGGAUGAGUUUGAAACAGGGUUACUCACUGAAUGUAAGGGGAGCAGUCCUCUCAGAAAGUGUCAGUCAGCACAAAUUCCUCGGGUACAUAGUGAAUUAUGGGAAGAUCAAACAGGUACAGAUAAGUGCAUGUAAUUAAAUCAUGGGGUUUGUCGGAUAGCUGAAUUUCUGACAGCAGUGUACUGAUCUAGUGACAGAAGGCAAUUGGGAGUGGAUUUUUAGUGAAAUCUACCUGAAGUAAUUUAAGGAGGUAAAAGGUGAACAGAGAACUGUUGUAAUUCAUGGAAUGGAUGCAUCGAUUUGAUUUAACAUUUCUACAGGUUGUUUAUAUUACAGUUGAUGGACAAGCAAUUAUGGUUUAUAGAAAAAAAUAUGAAUUGCUACUUGAAAAGCAACUACUUUUGCUGGAACUAACUGAACUGGUGUGAAUAAUUUAUAGCAUAAUGUAACCUUGCUUAACUACAUACUGAUGACAGAUGGUAAUGAUUGGAUUUAGAUUUUGUAGCUAAACACACUCUUUAAAAUUAAAUUAUUUCUUAUAUCCUUUUAACACGUUUUACCAAAUGUUCUAUGUUUAUGUUGCUAAUAGGAAAAGUCAUGCCGUUUAUUUGCCAUUAUAUAAAGCAGAAUAUAUGUGAAGACUACUUGUGACGGUACUGAAAGAACUAACAAUUAAAUGGCAGUUUUGUUAACUGUAACUCAA